AUGCCUCCCUCUGCUCGCCGUGGACCUUGGUCCACCGCCGAGGACACGUACCUGCUCAACAUCGUCGCCCAACAGGGUCCCCACAACUGGGUGCGCAUCUCGCAGCUCGUGCGCUCCCGCACCCCCAAGCAAUGCCGCGAGCGCUUCCACCAGAACCUGAAGCCCUCGCUCAACCAUGAGCCCAUCACCGCCGAGGAAGGUGAACUCAUUGAGCGUCUCGUCAACGAAAUGGGCAAGAAGUGGGCCGAGAUUGCCCGCCAGCUCAACGGCCGCAGCGACAACGCUGUCAAGAACUGGUGGAACGGCGGUCAGAACCGCCGC